GCCCGCUCCGGUGCUGUGCGUGGGGACGGUGCUGGGUCCCGGUGCGGCGGCGGGAGCGGCGAUGGGGUGGCGGCGGCGGGCGGCGCUGUGCGGGGCGGCGCUGGCGCUGGCGGGCGGCGCGGCGCUGGCCUGGGGCUGCGCGAGGCUGCGGGCGCGCGCCGGCCCCGCGCGGCAGGGUAAAGGACACAGCAAGCAGAUACUGGUGUUGGGCCUGGAUGGGGCUGGGAAGAGCAGCGUUCUCCAUACCUUGGCAACUAACCGGGUCAAGCGCAGCGUGGCUCCAACGGAGGGCUUCCAUGCCAUCUGCAUCAACACUGAUGAGUCCCAGAUGGAGUUCCUGGAGAUUGGGGGCAGUGAAGCUCUGCGUUCUUACUGGAAGAUGUACCUUCCCAAAGUGCUGUUGCUGAUCUAUGUCGUGGACUCGGCUGAUCAUGCCCGACUGCCUAUGGCAAAGCAGCUGCUUCAUCAACUGAUUCAGAACGACUCCACCCUGCCGGUGGUGGUUCUGGCCAACAAGCAGGACCUCGAAGGUGCAUAUUGCAUCACCGAUAUCCACGAUGCUCUGGCACUGUCUGAUAUUGGGGACGAGAGGAAGAUGUUCUUGAUUGGUACCCAUGUGGCAGAUGAUGGCUCCGAGAUCUCCUCCAGCAUGAAGGAUGCCAAGGAGCUGAUAGCGCAGCUGGUUCUGGAAGCACAGUGACAGCUCUUUUCCUGCAGCAUGAUGUUUGCAGCUGAGGGAGAUGAGGUGUUAGUGUAUGGUCAGUUUGCUGCAUGGUGGCUGAAAUGUACAGGUAUCUUUUCCUCAUGGGUAUGAAAUUCCUCCGAAAAUGAUGUCUAUUUGGUAAGAAAAUCUAAUUUAUAGUGGUUUAAAAAUACAUUUGAAAAGUAGUCUAUUUUUAGUGUAUUUGUAGGGGGAAACUAGUCUUUCGGACAACAAGAGUUGAGGGGAUAUGUAACCUAGAUGGGCUGAGCUGGCUUCUUGCUAGAUGGGAAUCAAGCAUUCACUUCAGUAGAACAAAAUUGUGUUCAGUGAACUUAACCCGGCUUGAUGUCUCAGGCUUAAAUUUAAAUGUGCUUAUUGCACAGGUUUUACACAACCCUGUUGACAGUGUUGCUCUAUUAACGAUGAGACCUCACUUUGUGAGAUUGUGAGAAAUUGAAAGUGCUGUGAGGGGUAUUUUUGAUAUUUUGUUUUGUCACUGUAACAGAGCCAGCUUUCAGGGGAGUGGCAAAUCAGUAAUCACUGGAAAUUGGGUUGGUUACUGCUUCUUUAGUGGCUAAGAACAAGGAAAUGAAAGUGGUAAAGCAUUAAGUGUUUCUUUGCCUACAGGGGAAAAGCAAAACAGUAUAAUUGAAGGCAGGGACUGGAAGCAUUUAAGGUAAAUUGGCCGCAAAGGUGGGAGGCUUCUCCAUCAGGCUGAGCAGCUGCUUUCGGCUUAGCCCUUGCACAAGCAGUCUCACCUGUGAAGAGCUUGCUGUGUGUUGAACGUGAUGUCUGUCGUCACUGCAGGCGAGGAAGAAGAGCGUUGACAUGUGUUCCUCCUGAUUGUGCUCCAAGGAUGUGAUCCGGGCGGUUUCUAUGCAGGACCCGUUUUACAACUGCAUUUAUUGUAAGGGGGGUUUGUAGCUUUGUC